UUGGAUUUUUCUGAUAGUUUUGUGCAAACAUGCGUUAAAAGCCCUCUGACAAACCAGCUGAGCCCAACCAAUCAGUAUUGUACUAGAAACUCGAAACACCUGUUUGGAACAAUUAUUAAACAACAAAAUGUCGGAAAAUCGACUUAAACAAGCGCGUCUUUUCCUUUACCUUUUUUCUAUUCUUUUAAACUUCUCUUUUUCAAGAAUUGUGAAGCCUGUGAACAGUGAUGAGGCAAAAAUUGAACUCCAAUCGGAGGCGCUUAUAGUUAGCGGACUGUACAGCAAACCGAGGCCUUUCUACGCCAAGCUUACUUAUUCAUCGCCCAAGUUUUUCUGUGGCGCUACUAUUAUUGAGGAGCAAUUUGUCGUAACAGCUGCUCGUUGUGUUGAUCAUGUCGGUGUCUCUAAUGUGACAUUAGAAGUUGGACCGUUCUGGCAAGUAAGCCCUGAGACAGUGAAAUAUGCUGUGGAAGCCAAAUUCAUCUCAUCUUCGUACAUUGGUGGUCCUAGGCCGCUUAUGGACCUUGCCUUGCUCAAAACCGUUGAACCAAUUCGAGAUGCCAGAAACAAAAUCAUUCCGCUAUGUACUCAAGUAUCUCCAGAAUCUGAACAUCAUUAUAGAAUGUUUGGCGCUGCAGGCAUGGGAUCAACGUCAACGUCGGUCAAUUUGUACCAGUUUUCGGUUGUUUUGCACGAAACAUUCUUCUUUUUGUCAAAAUACAAAACAAAUUCUGAACACGAAAUGUGCAGAGCGGAUAACGUCUGUACGCGACCACGUUUCAUUGAAGGAAGUAUUUGUCAUAUGGACCAAGGAGGUCCUUUGUAUAAAUUCCAUUGUGGGUCUCUUGUUCCAGAAUGUCUGUACGGUGUUGCCAGUUAUUGGAUGACCAAUCCCGGACUCAAUAGCAAUGAAACUUGUAACGGAGGAAGCUAUUUUGCAAGUGUGCCCGUGUUUUAUAAUUGGAUAAACUAUCAUUUGAGCAACUAUGCAAAUCGAGAAACUAAAAAACUAAUUGAGAUGGACUUAUAGGGUUUUGGGUGAAUGUUAAGCCGAUCUGAUCUAUUAGUCAAUUAAGCUGUCAAUUAACUGAGAAAGUAAAACAAACUAACAACAAG